AGGACCGUGGGCAUCUGUGCAGCAGCAGAGUUGAGGGGGGCUGAUUGCGCACAGCAUCGGCAGCUUUCACGGACGUUUUUCAAUUUUGCCGUUUCGCCAUUGGAGAUGGUGAACGCGUUCGUGUGUAGAAAGUAUGUCUGAGCCGGGACGUCUGCCGAUUUCGCUGCUCGAUUGAGAGCGCAACAAUGGGUAAUAAAAAGGACGCGAUGAAGAAGAAAGGAGUCGGGCCACGGGAGGUAGUAGAGCGAGCUAGCGAUGGCUUUCCGCAGGAAGUGGUGGCCGACGCUCGAUUCUCGAGAAUCCACAAUGACCCUCGGUUCCAAAGAUUACCGAAGAACAAGUCCAAGGUGGCAAUUGACUCCCGGUUCGCUCACAUGUUUCACGAUAAAGCAUUUGCUGAUAAAGAGUCAGACAAAAGGGGAGGAUCGAAGAAGAGCAACAAGCAGGAGGAGCUUUUGCGCAGAUAUUACAAGUACGACGAGGAUGAGGACGAAGCGGAGCUGGCCACCCAAGGUGACGACGUUCCAGUUAGAGAUCAAUCAGCCAAGCAGAAAGUGAAGAGCAAGGAUUCAGGGAAGAAGAAAAUUGUGCAGCCAGAGUCGGAGAGCGAGGGACAAGUCGGAGGCGAUGCUGGAAUUGGAACCCUGUCGGUCGAGCGGAUAGGGACGGGCAAGAAAAUUGGAAGGAAUGGGCAAUCCGGAGUUAAAAAGCCAUUUGUUAAGCAAGUACAGAAGUGCAAGGACUUAGUGAAGGCGAAGAAGAAGAAGAAAAAUGUACAACCGGAGUCGGAGAGUGACGGAGUAGUGGACGAGGAAUCAGAAGAAGAGUCCGAGGCUGAAUUGCCGCUCAAAGCGAAAGCAGGGAAGGAAGUGGCAACCCUGUUCAACAGUAGCGACGAGUCGGACUCGGAGUCUGACUCAGAGGAGGAAGAUGGGUCGGAACGCGACGAUGGUGGGUCGAUGGAUGAAGAAGGAUCAUCCUCAUCCUCUUCUUCGUCCUCGGAAAGCGAAAGCGAAGACGAAGAAGGGACCAAGGACGAAGAGAAAGUCCCCACGACUAAUCAGGAAACCAAGAGGCUGGCACUCAUGAAUAUGGAUUGGGGCCACAUUAGAGCGGUGGAUUUGCUCGUAGUGUUGCGCUCGUUUCAGCCGAAGGGAGGGUCGGUUGAGUCCUUGACUAUCUACCCUUCAGAGUUUGGUGUGGAACAGAUGGCCAAGGAAGCGGUUCAAGGACCGCAAAGCAUCUACAGUCGGGACGAGGAUGAUAGUGAAGACGAAGCCGAUCCAGAAAAAUUGCGAGAAUACGAGAAAGCCAAACUAAGGUACUACUACGCCGUGGCAGUAUGCGAUUCAGCCGAAACCGCCGCGUGCAUCUACAACUCGUGCGACGGUUUGGAGUACGAGAAAACGUCCAACACUCUGGACUUGCGAUUCAUCCCGGACGACAUGCAGUUCGCGCGUGAGCCCAAGGAUUCGGCCUCGGACAUCCCCGGCGACUACAAGCCCGUGGAGUUCGAGACGAAGGCAUUGCAGCACAGCAACGUGAAGCUGACUUGGGACGAGGACGAGCCUCUUCGCGCCAAAGCAUUGAGGCGCAAGUUCAAUCCCGAUCAGCUGAACGAACAGGACUACCGAGACUACGUCGCCUCGUCGAGCUCGGACUCGGAGUCCGAACCAGACGAGGAGCACGACGAAUGCAGCGGCGACGACGAGGAGAAGGCCACCGGCGAGGAGAAGCAGAAGCUGCGCGCCAAGUAUCUGGCCCUGCUGUCGGACGCCGGCGGGGCAGCUGCGGACGAAAGCAAGGCCGGGGCCAAGAAGGGCGAGAAGGGCAACAUCGAGAUCAAAUUCCACACGGGCCUGGACGAGCUCAGCGAGAAGCUGACGGAGAAGUUCAGAAAGACGAAGAACGACGAGACCGUGUGGGAAGCGUAUUUGCGCAAGAAACGCGAGAAGAAGAAGGCGCGAAAGAACAAGUCGCAGGGCGACGAGUCCGAUUUCUCGGACGACGACGGCGACGACGGUGGAGUCUCCAGCGACGGCGGAGUUCGAACGCAAGAUGAUCCUUUCUUCAGUCACGGCGACGCCGACCCUUUCGACGAUCCGUUUUUCCAGGGUGACGGCGACGGCGACGGCGAUGGCGAUGGCGCUCCGCCUCGAGAAGGCAAGAAGGGCAAGAAGAAGGACAAGAAGGAUUCGGAGGGCAGCACGAAAAUCGGCGCCAAGUUCGCGUCCUCCGUGCAGGAGAAGAAGAAGCUUAAGGAAGAAGCAGCUCUGGAGAAGAAGGAAGAGGAGAAGAGGAAGGCGGAGCUGGAGUUGCUGCUCAUGGACGACGAUCUGGUGCAAAGUGGACACGCCGCCGUGGCCAAGAGCCAGACGGACGAGAAGAAGGGAAAAAAGAAGAGGAAGGGAGGGAAGGAGAAGGCCGAAGGAGCGAAUGAGAAGCUCGCGGCUGCGGCGAAUUACGAGGAUCCUAGAUUCGCCAAUUUGUUCACAUCGCAUCAUUAUGCGAUCGAUCCCACGGAUCCGCACUUCAAGAAGUCGGCCACGCACUUGAGCACUAUCGCCGAGAAGCAGCGGCAGCGGUUGGAAUCUGGAGGGGUGAGCAAGAAGGAGCAGGAGAAGGCGGAGCUGGAAAGAAAAGAGGGCGAUGGAGGCGGAGGUCGGAAACGCAAGGCCGAGAUUUCUUCGCUCGUCCGGUCGCUCAAAUCCAAGGUGGAAGCUCGCAAAUGAGCAGCUGAGGACCUACGAUUUGUCUAGUGCCGAAGGCACGAAAUGAAUUUUUGACCCCCCUCGUGAGACGCGGGAACUCCUAGAAGAAGCUAUGCGAGAAGAGAUGGGAGAAGAGACUUUAACAAGCACGCAACUACUGGAGGCGGCUGGCUCACUCUUAGAUCGAUGAACCAUUUCGCCCCAUCACCAUCGUCAGUCAGGGAACUGGCACUAGUCCAUUUGCGCUCUGAUUCCUGCUCUCUCGCAAAGCCGGCCAAGAUUCUUUGUAUUUAUUCAGUCUACACGAGACUAGACUAGACCAGCUGGUAUCAUCAUCUCGCAGGAAGGUGAUCAAUGUUUUACACGUACAUCUGUCCGAUGGAAGUUGAAACCCAAGGACACAAUUUCUUAUCAUAGGACAAAUCCAAGAAAAGCGGUCAAAAUCCAAUCGAAAGACUCGGACGGGCUCCACGAGCUCCAUUCCGGUCGUGUGCCAACACAAGUUUACAGGUCUCCAAUGAAUCAAUGAAGAUGAGUAUUCGCAGGACGAGAGAGUAUGUCGUCCCGUUUUUUACACUGA